UUUGAUGCAGGGAUCAGAGAAGAUAAAUCAUCGACAAACAAGGAAUCGCUUGUGCUACGUAUUGGAAUUGAUAUUAAAGAUUUAGAUUUAUCAAAACUUGAUUUUGUCAAGGAUAAAAAAAUUAUAGCAUAUUCCAAGCGUCUUAGUGGAUCUGCUACUGAUGUUACCUUAAAAUCGCUAGUAAAUUAUUCUAAGUCGAAUAAAGAAAUACAUUAUUCAGGUCUAGAUCAUUCGUCAAGAGAAACUUUAGGUUAUAAAUGUAAACGUAUACUAGAUUACGGUCGUCUCAAAUAUUUACAAGAAAAUGGCUUUGACAUAGAAUUGAUUUACUAUGUAGAACCAUCAACUUUAGAAAAUUUGGCACUAAUGGCCGUUCCAAAAAAAGAUUAA